CAAUAAGCGCCAGCGCGCAAGGGAUGCGAACACCCCGCCGUCAGCUAUGCUGUCUUGGGUGCCUUGUGUCGUGCUCCGUGGAUAUCCCUAUUCUAGUAUGCUGCAAGGUGCCUUCCGCCUUUGGCGUGGGGGCUGCGGCGCUGUCUUCUACGCAAUCCAUGUUGCGUUCAUGAUGACAGCGCAAGCAGCUGCUUAAAAAGAUGGUAGCCGUCGGUACGGGUAGGGUGUCGAGGAGACGCCCCCUUCCCAAAAGAUAUAGACAUGCUACAAUCACCUUCCCCGCUGUCCUCGGUCUCCAACAAACACCGGUCGGCGUGCGAGAGGUGUCGCAGGCAAAAGCUUCGAUGUGAGCGACGCAGCACCGGGCAGGAGGUCUGCGACCGAUGCAGGCGGGCAAAUGCCGAGUGUACGACGUUCCCCAUUAGCCGCAUGGGCAGGCCUGCGCAUGUAGGACGGCAGCACCCAGAAUGUCGGACGCGUAAGAGUUCUGCGGCAUCGUCGGGAAGUGAAGAAGACCAGUUGUUAACUCCAGUGACCGUGUCGGAUUGGCUGGCCGUCGACUCUCCACAGCUUCCGGAAAUGGAUUCGUUCCUCUGGCUGGAUGAAACGCUCCGAGCCUCGGCAACAGCCCCGUUUCCCCCUCAGGACCUUGAACCCGGCUUGUUGGAUCUUGGUGAUCCCACCACCACUACCACCACCUCCACCGCAUCGCUGCUACCUCCAGACGAUACGCUCUUCGCCACCGACAAUAUUGGCCAAGCCGACUGGACUCGCCAGCUGCUGCAGCUCAACUUUCACCUUCACCACCUACGGAGUCACCACUCCGACUAUCACUCGGCGCAACUGGUGACGAGCAUGGUAACCCAGUCUCGGCAAUUCCUCUGCCUGAUCCGCAAGCUCCCCAGACGCUUGACCGAUCUGCCGACUUGUCUGUCGGUGCUCGCAUGCUACAUGAACCUCGUGCGCUUCUGCCAAAACGUCUUCGCCCGCGUGCACACUAGUCUCCAAGUUGGCGACUUUGCUACAGUCUCGUCGGCAGUACUGGAACUCCACAUUGGCAGUAUAAGCCUGGGUGAAGAUAUGGAAUUGCAGAUAUUUGUCCUCAUCCAAGUCGUCACGUACUUGCUCGGCACGCUCGGUAAAGAGCUCGGACUCCCGGCUGAGCACAGCAUCAAUCGCACCAAACCCGGCGAUAGCCGUGUGCUGGCUGAGAUUUUGACACCUGCCUUGGUAGGCCUGAUCAUUUGCAAGGAAAAGUGUGAUCCGGCCGGCUCUGCUACCCCUCAUUGCUCCACUGGGACAGCAAUUGAGGCGCUGAGAGAGGAAAUAAGGACGUUAAAGAGUGCCUUGAGCAACAUGAUGCACGGUGUCUCUCCCAUACUUUGAAAAAUGCUCUUAUACAAAAGACGGACCAUCCGGGGUUGUAUGGUGUCAUUCAUCUCGCACGACCAAACCGACCAGAUUUCAAUCACCGAUUUAAAAAAAGAAAAGAUUAAAAAGGCUCCCGUCAACCCGUAUACGUUUCAAUUUUCAUCACUUUAGGCAAAGACUGUACACAAUUUGAAACCUUUAGGUUAUCUGAGUACGCAGUCAAGAUUUGAUUACAACAAUCUUUAAGCAAGUCUGCAACUCUAAGCCAUUAAAAGUCAUUUAUCAGUGUAUUUAGCUAUGUUUUAAAUGCACCUUUGCAUGCAUUCACCGUUCAAAAAAACAGACAAUUUUUAAAAAAAACAGU